AUGGAGGCCGUAAUAUUUAAAGGCUCUCCCGACCCGUCCAUGUUCAUCGUCUCCGACUCGGAGUUGAUGAAGAACCAAAAGUAUGCCAGUGUCAUGGACCCUGCUCGCCAGUUUGAUGUGAUGCAAAAUCAAGAUGGGACUUCUCUUUUUUUCUCUAUCGGCGCCGAUGAGGUUCUGUACGCAACUCAAGAGACCUCGGCAUCUCAAACUGGCUGGAUCAAAUAUGAUAUCUCCAGCGGCCUUGCCGGCAGGUUUGGGGAAAAGACAAUUGCAGCCAAGCAGUUCGCUGUGACUCAGAGCCCAAAGUCCACAAGCAGUGUGGACUUGGCCCUUGUCACUCACGUCAAUGGCAAUGAUUCUCUGUUCCUGGCUCUGGACGUUCCCACUACUCCGGGAACGUUGGCAAAUAUGCCUUUCUGGGUGUAUGCCUCAUUCGACGCCCAAGGCAGAGCACCACCGCUUCCAUUUACUAUAGCCGACGUAUAUCUGAUGAAUAUCCCUGGGACGGGAGUACUAUGUUUUGCCGAUGUGAUAAGAAACCCGGCCGAUAAUACCCAGGUAGUAGAUCGAUAUUAUAUUGAUGUCAACUCAUCCCCGACGUGGACCUUCCACCCCCUACCGGACGAUAUCAGUGCCGGUUCUGUGGUCAGUUGCUUAGGCAAGCGACCUGAGGAUCCGGUCGGUGGCAUCUACACCUUCGGAUUUAUCGGGUCCAAGCAGGAUCUAAUCUACACGCCCGUAGCGACCAAGGAGAACCCUUUCCCCGAAAGCAUUCAUUUGGCGCUUCCACCCUUUACAACGACUAUUGCUUCCAUGUUAGACUCUUCCGGGAAUACCUUUCUGUUUGUUGCAUGGCCCUUAGUCGCUGCAAUCUAUGUGUUCACCCCAGACCAGCAGUACAACGGCGCUUGUGCGCAAGCAGCAGCCGAUACACAGUUUUUGCGCAACACUGGCAUCUUAUACGGCACACAGACUCUCACUGCGACAAAUGUCAGCGAGCUAUGGAGUCUAUCGUGCCCGUCUGGGUCCGAGACGAACCCAGAUGCAUGGUCCAACCCCGUGCCGCUCUGCUACGAUGUCUUCCAAUUCGCACAUUACCUCAAUGCUUACCAGGGAGCUGCGAAUAGCGUCUUGUUCGCUCAAACCUACGAGAGCCAGUUGAUGCAACUGACACAAGACCCGAUUACCUCAAUCUGGGCCGAACGCAGCGUGCUCCUACCUGCAGAUAACGUCGACUCGGUGAUUGAGUUCUGCAGUUACACUAGUCACAUCAAGGUUGUGGAUGCCAACGGUAUGGGAGUCCCUACAUAUCCGGUUUCCCUGAGCUCCUCCAGUCCCAUUUCCGUAAAUGUCAACGACAUCUACUUGAUCCUCCGACCCGAUGAGACGAUUCAAAUCUUCACAAACUCGUCAGGUACUAUCACUAUCAUUGAAGAGACACAGACUCUGUCAGGCACAACGAUCAAUGUCACGGUCAACGUGAACGGUCAAAAUAUAGUUGAGAUAAUCGACCCACUUGAGAACGCCUGCCAGCGACUCAAGCCCCUUGUGCCCAUAUCCUCGGUGAGACUAGACCAGUUGGAUUUUGCAGCAAACGAGUUCAAAACCUUACUGGACAUCAAACCGCAGCUACUUGUGAAUGGUACCGCGAAAGCCAAGCCGGCAUUGAUGGCUGAUGGACCCGCAAAAGGCGGUCCCUCUAGCCGAGGCAUCGGCAGCUGGUUCAAGCUUCUGUGGGGUGACAUGGUGCGAUGGUUUAAAAAAGCGUGGAAUACUGUCAAGACGGCCUACUCUCAGAUCAUUGAUGGGGUCUGGCACUUUAUCGUCGAGGUUGGCGAUGAUAUUUAUUCCGCGGUGAUUGACAGCGUGGCGGCCGUUAUUGGGGCAGCAGAGUACGUAUUCAAGCAGAUUGCAGUUGCCUACGACGACAUCGUCAAAUAUCUGGGCUUCCUUUUCAAUUGGGACGACAUCAAGCGCACCCACUUCGUCGUUAAAAACAUUCUCAAGUUAUCUGCUCAGCAGGUGAGCAACUCAAUUACUGAGAUUGAAGAUGGAAUCAAGAGUUCGUUCGCCACGAUCGAAGAGAAGGUUGACCAAUGGAGUGGUCUCCCGGAUCCUGGCCAGACCAUUGGCCAGCAGGAAGCAUCGCAGUCAAGUGUGCCUUCUAGAAACAGUCCACAGGCAAAUUGGGCGCUGCACCAUGCCACAAGCAAUCUACGGAGUGCACAGUCAGAGCAUGACCUUAAUGUACCUGUUACGAAGCAGCUAGAAGCUGCCUUCACAGACCUGUUCAAGAUGAUGACCACGGAGGAGGGAGAUAUCAUCGCCAUGGUAAAGAGCCUCGUGGAUGUUGUCAAGGACUUUGCAUCCCUUAGCGCAAAACAGCUAUUUGAGAAGAUCGCCGCAAUUAUUACCGACUUUGUUCUGAAUACGGUGGAGAAUUGCGUGUUGACCCUACUGGAUUUAGUGAAGCUGUUCACUGAUGCGUUUCUUGCCGCUCUCGACGCACCUUUGGAUAUCCCCAUUCUGUCCCCCAUUUACAAGAAUAUUACCGGGGACCAGCUCAGCUAUCUGGACCUCGUCUGUUUCAUUGGUGCAAUCCCAGCAACAGUCAUCUACAAGGCAAUCACCAAUAACGUUCCCUUCCCGGCAAACGAUCUCACCAACCAGUUGAUCACGGCGCCCGACUAUACUGCACUUCGCAACAUCUUUGAUACAUCCCAGCCUACUCAAGAGCAGCAAAUCGCGUAUGCGAAAUAUAUGGCCAUCGCAGGUAAAGGGAAGUUACCGGCGGUCGACAAGGGCGAGGUGUUCGACAUCUGCACCGUAGUGUCUGACGGCAUGGCGCUCUUCUGCAGCAUUUUCGUUUGGGAAUGCUCGGUUACGAAGACAAUGGCCGGAGAGAUCCCAUCGAAAACAUUACGAGGCAUCAGUAUGGUAUCUUACCUGGGGUAUGUCAUGCCAGAUCUGAUAGGUGGGCUUCAAACCAGCCGGACGUGGUACAACGGUCUGAAUUGGGGUAUAACCGGGAUUAGCAUCGGAAAGGUCGCGGUAGACAAUAUCGCCACAAAUGAAGUCUAUCAAGGGAUCGUUGGGCCGCUCGUGGAGUGCGCAAUCAAUGUGGCCUGGGUUGUGCCCGCUGUGGGCGACUUCAUUGAGAACAAUCGAACCACGAGCUCUAAAGAAGCCUUCGCAGCCAACAUCUUGUUUGAUGUUGGCGGCAUGCUCGCCCCGGGCGCCUCCAAGGAUAUUUGCGGUCCAGAGGUUGUGCCAGCUGUUUUGGUCGCCCAGCUGGCUUUGACCUUGGGAUACGCGGCUUGUUGCUUAGUGUCGGGCAACGCGGUGCUUAAUGGGGAUUAG